AUGCCCACCGCCUUCUCAAAACCAAUCUUGCCCCAUCCACUUCCGAUUCCAUCGUCUCUGAACCGUCGCCCCAUUGUUCUUGCCUUCUUCGUUUUCCUCCUCCUCCGCUCGCGCACAGUCACUCUUUCCAAGGAUGCUCUCGUCUCACUCAAGAACUCCCUACCAUCGGUGUACAAGUGCCCAUCGAGAAAGAAGAAACUGAACCCGGAUGAGCUAGCGAAGGUGCUGCAGCAGGUGUAUGUUGACGAACCAGAUGGUUCGAAGACCCUUCUGGUGCCCUAUAGGGAAAGGGUAAUUAAGGUUCCUAUCCGACCGACCUCCAAAUCCAAAUUUGUCGCCGACACGCCUCAUUUCUCACUCCUUGUCGGUACCGCUGCGUCGAAACCGAACAUCGAUCUUGCCUUCCUCGCCCAACUGCGUGCAAUACUUUUCCGUAUAGCCAUCCCAUCAUGGCGUUCUUCAGAGGCUGGUAUCGUUGCAUUGCAUUCAACUUUCCUUGUUCUACGGACAGUUCUCAGCAUCAUGGUGGCACGGUUAGAUGGCAGGAUUGUACGAGAUAUAGUGAAGGCUGAUGGAAAGGGAUUCUUGAAGGGGCUGGCGCUGUGGUUUUUGUUGGCCAUCCCAAGCUCAUUCACUAAUUCGAUGAUUCGGCAUUUCCAAUCCCUCCUUGCCCUGCGCUUGCGCACACGACUGACACGAUACCUGCACGACCUAUACCUCUCUUCUAAUCCGGAUCUACGAUACUAUCGUGCAUCUAAUUACCUAGAAGGCAUUGAUCAAUAUCUUACAGCUGACGUUGAGGCAUGGUCCAACGCCUUGAGCGGGCUUUAUGGAAAUAUCCUGAAGCCAUCCCUUGAUCUGGUUCUAUUUACCUCCCAACUUUCUCGCUCACUUGGUGUCCGAGGCACCUUGCUACUGUUCCUUAACUACUAUACUACAGUCGCGAUUUUGCGCGCCGUCACACCCGCCUUUGGACGUUUAGCCGCAGUCGAGGCCCGUUUAGAGGGCGAAUAUCGGGCUGGCAUGGGAAGGGUUGGACGAGAGGCAGAGGAAGUCGCGUUCUACGAUGGCGGUGCUCGGGAGAGGGACAUUUUGACCAAGGCUUACAUGAAAUUGAUCAAGCACGUCAACUCAGUCUACAAGAUCCGCAUUGCAUACGAGUGGACGGAGGACUACGUUAUCAAGUACCUCUGGUCAGCUGCUGGAUAUGCCCUCAUCGCGGUUCCUAUUCUAUACACGAGGACCAAACGUUCGUUGGGUCUUCAAACAGGUGGGCCACUCGGAGAUGGCAAAGACGAGGCUGUUGCAGGUCGCACGGAAACGUACAUCUCGAAUCGCCGUCUGCUUCUCUCUCUGGCCGAUGCUGGCGGCCGCCUCAUGUAUGCCUACAAGGACCUCCUAGAGCUCGCAGGUCUGACCACCCGACUCUAUACGUUGCUCUCCACGCUGCUCAACCUUCCCAAGGGGUACCAACCCUUGCUGGUAGAGCGGGCCGACGAGAUUUGCCUCAGGAACAUAGACGUGCGGAUACCCAGGAUCUCUAAAGGAAAGAAGCACGGCCACGAAGACGAGACCAAGACCAUCGAUAAAAUCGUUGACGACGAAGAUGAAAUCGACGUGAAGCCCGUAGAAAACGGUCUCAAUGACCCACCCCUCGUACAUGAUCUGAAUCUCGUCAUCAAGCGGGGUGACCAUAUGAUGAUAACUGGAAGCAAUGGAGUUGGGAAGACUGCCGUUGCCCGCGUGCUGGCUGGGCUAUGGGAUCCCAUCGAUGGCGGGGUGUCGCUCAACGGCGAAGAGGGUGGCCAGGUCGAGAUGCCACGAGAUGAGACUGAGGCAGACGCGUUCUUUGCCCGCAGUGCGAAGGCUGCACACACCCGCCCACGUCCGGCUCUCUACGUCCUCCCCCAGAGGUCGUACAUGCCAGUCGGUAGCUUGCUGGAGCAGAUCAUUUACCCUUGCUCGUAUGCCACGUUCAUCAAGAUGACUUCUUCUGCGCCGCCUGCCCCAGUUCGGACGAGCUCGAUAUCGUUCCUCCCUGUUGCGCUAUCGCGUGCAGCAUCGACCACCACUGCGUCAGCGCUGCUGUCGUCUACGCCCUCUCCCUCUGCUGCGGCCCUCCAGGAGAUUCAUGAGAUCCUCGAGAAAGUUCAUCUCGGGUACCUCAUAGAGCGUGAGGGUGGACUCCAUGUGAGAAAGGAGUGGAGAGAUGUAUUGAGUGGCGGUGAGAAGCAGAGGAUGGGUAUGGCAAGGGUUCUUUGGUGGAGACCUAAGUGGGCCGUUCUCGAUGAAUGCACAAGUGCAGUUUCCAGCGAUGUGGAAGGUAGAAUGUACGAGGCUGCCAAGGCAUUGGAUAUCACUCUCAUCACUAUAUCUCUACGACCUUCCCUCGCUAAGUAUCACUCUCAGCUCCUCACCCUUCACGGUCCUUCAGGAUCUGAGCCCGGCAAGUGGACUCUAUCUCGCGUCGGCACAGCCGAAGAGCGGAUGAGUGUCCAGCACGAGAUCGACGUAUUGGAAGACAAGCUACGCGAUGUGGAAGGGUGGGAGAAGAGAGUGAAGGAGCUUGAGGCAAUGUUGAGUGUGCAAGAGGGAGUAAACAAGGAUGGCGAGCUCGAUGAGCUCGAGGCUGAGCCUGUCAAUGGCUUCGAGGAGGAGGAUAUGACAGCGUCACGCGACGAUAAUGGAGAGGCGGAAGAGGAGGACCACGCUAGUGUGAGCGUCCUCAGUGCGUCUGAAUUCAGACGUGACCAGGAGGAAUAUGCAGAUGAAGAGUUGGAGAGUGUUGGUCUUAGUGAGGAUGGCUUUGCUAUUGAUGAGAUUGAGGAAGAAGCGUAA